UUGAUUACUUCUUGUCUUUGGACAUACAGUAUUUUGUCAUUAAGAAACAUCACCGAGUGAUUAUUAACCCUGGCUACCGAGUGGAAGUGUCUGAAAAGAUGAUUAUUGAAAACCUAGAUUCAUUGAAAACGUGGCUUUUUAAAACCCUCGAACCAAUUUGUGAUGCAGAUCCAUCCGCCCUCGCUAAAUACGUCGUCGCCUUGGUGAAGAAAGACAAGAGCCAGACGGAACUCAAAGCCCUGUGUGUCGACCAGUUGGACGUAUUUCUACAGAAAGAGACGCAGACCUUUGUCGAUAGACUCUUUGAAGCUGUCAACUCCAGAAGCUACCUACCUCAGCAGGACCAUCAGCCAGGUGCCGCGGGCAAAGUGGAGGGACACCUGACCAGGACGGACAAAGACGACCAGAGGAAAGACGAGCCAAGUCGUGAGGAGGACCGGGACAAGAAGUUCUCCAGGAGAGUGAACUACAGCCCCCCGUCCAGCUCCCGCUACAGUAGAGACAGCAGACGAGGGGAUGACCGUAAAAGGGACGACCGUACCAGGAAACGGAACGAUUACGACCGCAUCCCCCCGAGACGGGACUCGUACCGGGACCGUUACAACCGGAGGAGGGGCCGUAGCUACAGCCGCAGUAGGAGCAGGAGCAAGGACCGGGCCAGGGACCGGGAGAGAGACCGAGACCGCAGUAGCAGGAGUCACAGCAGGAGCCACUCCAAGAGCAGAGAGCGGGAUGCUGGGAGGUCAAAGUACGAGCCCGAUCGAGGAGACCGGGGGACGGAGGUUGGAGCUGGUGAAGGCCUACUGCCGAUCCCCACGGGCAAAACCGCCACGUUCCCCGUGCCCACCCUCAGCAGCACCAUCACGGUGAUCGCCCCUCAAGGUAACCACAGCAACAGCAUCGCCUCGGUGACGGACAGCUGGUCGGACUUCCACCCGGAUCAGUCACUGGACCGGCCCCUUCCGCCACAGAGGAAACGUUGCCGUGACUACGACGAGAAAGGCUUCUGUAUGCGCGGGGACAUUUGCCCGUUCGACCACGGUAUCGAUCCAGUGGUGGUGGAGGACGUUAAUCUACCCAACAUGUUCCAAGCCCCUCCCCCUAUCCCGGGGGUCGCCCAGCCCCCUCCCGGCCUACCGCCCCCGCCAGGACCUCCCCCUCUCAUGACCCCACCUCCCGUCAACCUCCGCCCCCCAGUGCCCCUGACAGGCAGCCUGCCGCCCGGCCCUCCGCCCGGCCCGCCGCCAGGUCCCCCUCACCAGGCAGCAGUGAUGGAUGCCCCAACUAACUCCAUCGCCAACUCUGUUCCCACUAUUGUAACCACAGGGACACGACCCUCCAUCCCCCAGCCCCCGGCUCCUCUCUUCCCACCAGGCCAGUAUGACUCUGACAUGUAUAACCCUGAGGAUCCCAGCCUCACCAACACCUCCAGACCAGUGUAUCGCCACAGAGUCAACGCCCAAAGACCCAACCUCAUAGGACUGACUAUGGCGGAGGACCUGCCUCACAGAGACAGAGAUCAGAUGCCCAACAGAAUGAGGAUCGUUCUGGACUCGGCCUCCAGGAAGAGAUCUGCUGUCUCACACCACGGAGCAAUGCUCCCCAAGAAACCCUGGGCCGACAAACCAAACUUCAACCAGCAGAACCUCCAGGGUGGGUUCCACAACAAGAACCCUCAGAACCAGAACCAGAAGGCUCCGUUUGGGUCAAACACCAAGCUGUCGGUCCUUCAGAUCCCCCAGGGACUCAACAACAUCUCCAAGCUUAACCAACACUUCAGCAAGUUCGGGACUAUCGUCAACCUGCAGGUAACCUAUGGUAAUGACCCGGAGGGCGCCCUGAUCCAGUUCGACAGUCACGAGGAGGCUAAGCGUGCCCUGCAGAGUCCUGAGGCAGUUCUCAACAACCGCUUCAUUAGAGUCCUCUGGCACUGUGAGGACGAGAUGGGACAGCAGGGAAUGGGACAGCAGGGAAUGGGACAGCAGGGAAUGGGACAGCAACACCAUCAACCACAGCCACUCAUGCAGGUGCAGCAGCCAGCCACUAGUCUGAAACAGUCCGUCAAAGACCGUCUGGGCCCUCUGCCUGCCGACAGCUCAGAGCCCAACCAGGACUCUCGUGUUGCCUCACAGAAUGACUUUAAAUCCAACCUAUCAAUGAAGGAGAGGCUGGGCUUCGCCUCUAAACCAGGAAGUACCCCUAGUGGACCGGCAGGAAAGGUGUUCUCCACCUCUACGGGGCUGACUAAGACAGUGUACAACAUGGCUGCUCUGAAAGCAGCUCAGAAGACUGCUCUGUUCGCUGGGGUCGCUGCUACAGAGGAGGCUAUGAAGAAUAAACAGGAAGCCCUGCGGCUCCAACAGGAAAUGAGGAAGAAGAAGCAGGAAAUCCUAGAGAAACACAUCGAGACUCAGAAGCUGUUGAUCUGUAAACUGGAGAAGAACAAGACGAUGAAGGCAGGAGACAAGGCGGUGAUCAUGACAACGCUGGGAACGCUGACCAAGAGUAUUACCAAACUACAGCAAGAGAUCAAAGGGCUCUCUAACCCUUCGGGAGGACGGGGGGCGCCCAAGAGCAAGGCUCAGGCUCAGAAGGAGUUGCUGGACACAGAACUGGACCUGUAUAAGAAGACCCAGUCUGGAGAAGAUACCGUUCAGCUGAAGAUCAGAUACACACAACUACAGUUAGAGGCAGCUAAGAGGGGGAUCCUGGCUCCAGGGCGGGGCAGAGGGGCCCAUGCUCGAGGCCGUGGGGGCCUGAGAGGCAGGGGGAGGGGAAGGGGUUGCCGGGGGAGGGGUCUCCCUGUCCACUCUACAGUAGAUCACAGACCGAGAGCCCUGGAGAUCUCUGGCUUUACUGAGACUGACCUCCAGGAUCUACUGCCACACUUUGCUCAAUUUGGAGAGUUGGAGGACUGUCAGAUAGACGAGCCGUCCUGUCUGGCCGUUAUCACCUACAGGAGCAGACCAGAGGCUGAACAGGCGGCGCUACACAGUGUCCGUCUGAACGGCAGCGAUCUGCGUCUGUCCUGGCACCAGCCUGCCGUCUCCCUGACCUCCCAGGAGCCUGAUGAGCAGGAGACGGAUCAUGACGAGUUCCAGGAAGAGUCGCUGAUUGAUGAUGCGUUGCUCCAGGACGACGACGAGGAGGAUGACGACAACGAACCCCGCCCCUGGCGCAGAUGAAGACGGCCCCUGAUUGGACGAAAUGCUAAAGCAAAUUUUUGUUUUUUUGCUUUGCAGUUUCUGGAUUGGCUGUUUUUUUUUUUAACAACUAGACGCAUUUCACAAUAGGUCAGAACCUAAACAGUUAAUUAAUUCUGUUGUGGCUAUUCAGAAGAUUACUAGACAAAGUCAUGUGGGAGUUUCAUGUAAAUAUAGUGGUUUAUUCUUCUUCCUGCUUUUAAUUUGUAAAAGUAGUUUAACAUGAAGAUUGGUACAGUUUAUUUUUUUUUUUGCUUAUUGGAUUCAAAUGAAAAUGAUACUAGAUUACUUUAGGGGGGAAAAAACAUUUUGGCGUUCAGAUCAAAUGAUGCCGUUGUGUUGAAACGCCUGAUGUUUAUUAACGGUGAGAAUCGCAGAAUGGCGAACUGAACGACGGAGAGGUUUGACUGUGUGUGAUAUUAGAUUGCUUCUUGUGUAAAUAUUUUCUGUCUGGAUUUUAAUGAUUUGUAAUGACAGCUUUGCUUCGGGAUUCUUUCUUUCUUGGAUUUAUUUUUGAAAUGUCAAAAUAAAUAAAAAUAAAGACUUUAAAAUGGUCAAAAAAUAAAAAAAAAAUAAAUCGGCUGCAAAAAAAAAAAAAAAACCUGAAAAAAACCCCUGCAGCUGUGAUG